AUGGCAUCUCAAAGUCCCUCAUCAGGAGACCCCCAAUUCUCCUUUGCAAAGAUCGCUGCCAUGUCCGCAAUCCCUCAACCCCAUUCGUCCUCAGUAUCAGUUGAAAGCAGCAGCUCUCAGCUUGCGACGACCUCAAAUGUCUCCGAACCUUUCAACACGGGCGCCCCAUUACCUCCACAUUCCUUGAACACAAUCAAGCAGAAGAUUGCCUCGAGCGAUCCUGCAGUUGAUCACCUAGGCAGAGCAGUGCAGGACAUUGACAUCGCCCUGCAGACAGACCGGGAAGGGUCUAGAUCUUCAAUUGGCGACCAAGAGAAUGGCACAUUCAAGAGAAAUAACUCAUUUGAAGAUGAUCGCACUCAUCUUUCUAAUUCUUCUACUAAAAUGACCAACUUUGACUCGAAGAGUUUGGCCUCUGUGACCACUUUCGCCAUGGACGAAAAAGACUCUGUACGACCCGAUGACAGUGCGAGCGUGCAAGCCAUUGAUGAAGAAGAGUCACUUUCGGGCGCCACAUCUGGCGCACCGAACUCAGUAACUGGCUCCGAAGCCGGAGGACGUCUCUUCCGCGACCAAUUUCGCGAUGGAAAUGCUCUGCGAUCUCGUGGAAGUCUUCCUGUACCUGGUUCUCUUUACAACGAUGGUGACCUGCGUGGCACGGUCAACAUCCCCCCAGACUCUGUUGCAAACAAUUUUGUUGUCCCAGCCAAUCCUGACGGCCUGUCGGAUGGCUCCAGUAUGCAUGGAUUUCCUAUGGAACCAGACGAGAAACUUUUGGAGGCGAUGAAAUCUCCAAAAGACCGUCUGACGGUUCUCCAGCUAGAGGAAAGGAUUCGUUACUUCAUCAAAGAGUCCGCUGAACAAUCCUUGGAGCUGCCCCCUUCUAAUGGAUUCCAACGACUUCUCGCUCAUAAACUUGGAGAUUAUUACCAUCUGACUCAUUUUGUUGAUAACAACGUGACCUCUGUGAGGCUGCAUCGAACUCCUUUCUGCAGACUCCCUGAACCUGUCUCCGCGGUGCACGCUGCCACUAGCACUACCCCGCCCCCAAGUGUCCCGGCCAUGAAAAUCAUGCGUCGAAAUGACGAACGACUAUCAGCCGAAGGAAGUAUGGCACCGAGCUCGUCUGUUCAAUCCAAGGCUACUUCCGAGGCCGGCGAUAGCGGCGCGGAGGGUGAUCGCGCAGGAUCCUCGGCCGAUGCCACACCCGCCAAGGAUCGACUGACAUUGACCCGCGAAGAACGCGAGGCCAAAUAUCAGGAGGUUCGAGAGAGGAUCUUUCGUGACUUCGCCGACAGCGUCAAGUCAGACACGACCAGUGGCGAGUCCAAUCCUGAUAUGUCACGAUCCAGCUCCACGAGUGGCCCCCGAUCCCAGUUCAACGCCUACUAUCCAGGCAUGCAGUACAACAAUGGUCUGAGUCAGGCUCCCUACAAUGUCGGCGGCAACGAUGGUUCUUAUGCUACGCAACAGGUUCCUUACCUAGUUGGACCCGGUGUACCGCCACCAACCACAGGCUACCUGCCUGCCGGUCAGAACAGCACUGUGCACCCCGGACAAAUGGGUGGCGUGAACAAUCCACCUCAAUAUCCAAUGGCUAUGUCGCCGCAGAUGGCCUCUAAUGGCUCGUGGCAAGGAGGAAGCAUGCCGCAGCAGUCGCCAUUCUCUGGAUACGCAUCGAUGAGCCAGCCGGGCAUGAUGAAUCAAAACAUGAUGAACCAAUCAUCUCCAAGCAAUCCAUCGCCGGCCAUGAACACCUUUCCUAUGCCACAGUCUGCCCAGUACCAGCCGAAUCCUCAGUGGGGUUCCCCGCCCUACUCUGGGAAUUACCAGCAGUCGCCUCAAAGAAAUCAAGCUCCGGUCCAUUGGCCUAACUACCCCUCCCAGUCGAUGAGCUCUAACCUGGCGGCCUAUCCAUAUACGCAAUACCCUGGACAGCAUCUCAACCCCACACUUCAGAACACCGGGUCCUCCAUGAUGCCAGGCAACUACAAUGCUAGGUCUCACUUCAACCCUCAAACCCGCUCUUUCAUUCCCGGCGGUGCACCCGUGACGCGCAACCCGAGCCGAGGUGCCCAACAUCCGAUGCAGCCGUUCAACGGCAUGCCUCAGUCUCAAUGGAUGGCAUACCCGGAGUCUACUCCUCAGAACCGGGGCAUGGAGCAUUCCUCCACGGCAAGCACAGCCCGCGUGCCAAACCUCCCUAAUUUGCCCAAUCCAGGCCGGGACUCUAUCGCGAAAUGGGGUACCCCGUCCCACCUUCCUCCCAAGCCACCGCCGUCCGAGGUGAAGUCUGGCUUCGAUAUGAAGCACCGAAUAGGUUCUCUCCCGGUUCCCGCCCCAUCCUACCCUGGUAAUGGAAUCCCGGUGGCUCAAAACGGCCCGCUCGUGAUUACUGGCGGGGCCAACGUCUCAAAAACGAACUAA